UCUCCUUGUUUAUAUAUUUGUAGCUUAUAACACCUCACAUUCAAAGUCUACUGCUCCUCAGUCGGUCGCGUGUUGCGAGUGCUACAACAUAAUUCACUACCUUUAACAUUGGCUGACAAUUAAAACGAAAUAUCUUUCGUGCUUGAUUACAAACAUCAUGGCUACUUCACAAGCAGUCUUGUCAACAGCUGUGGUACAAUUGAACGUUACCACCUCUACAACUAGUGUGUUGCAGACCGUAAUGAAAAGCACAACUGCCGAACCUGCCGAAAACACAUUCCGUAUUUGUGGAUCAAGUGACAAUUGCCUGUGGACCAUAUUUUCGCCGAUAAUUUUUCUCGUUGGAAUAUUCGGUAACAUUUUGAAUGUGCAUGUUUUGCGUCGUUUAAAGUUUUACGAAAACGCCACACUAUCUCUGUUGUUUGUGCUAGCCUUUGUCGAUAUGACAGUUCUCUGUGUAGGACUUGUCCGAUCGUGGAUACGAGCCACGUUUGAUGUUGAAAUUCGAGAUGUUUCUGGUUUCAGUUGCAAAUUUCUUUUGUUCUUGAUCUAUUUUUCCAUGCAUAUGUCAUCUUGGAUUUUAGUCCAGGUAACCUGUGUCAGAUUUGUAAAAACUGUUUUGCUGGACAACCGUUAUAACACUGUAAGGAAGUUGGUCACAAGAAGAAACAGCAUAAUUACGCUUUGUAUAAUCAGUGGUUGUCUGGCUGCUUUGGAUUUUCAUUACUUUUUCACAAACGGCAUCAAGGAUGGUGAAUGCAAUUCUCUAACAGCCGAGAUUUUCGAAUUUGAAGAGUUCGUUUUUACCUAUGUCGAUCUUGUUGUAUUGGUUAUAAUUCCUGGAAUUAUAAUGAUCGUGUUGAAUAUUCUUAUCAUAAAACAGAUAAAGAAACUUAGAUGUAAUAAACGACUCUCCACUGGAUCGGAUGGAAGCAACAGAAUGGCGCGGAAAGGACAACAAUCAGUAUCGAAAAUGACAAAGAUGCUUGUGUUUACAACUUUUUAUUUCGUCGUUGCGAGUCUUCCAAUUUGUAUCUACCUCAUUGUGGAUUCGUAUGUUCGCCCUAGAGCCAAUUCCGACGAGGAGUACCGACUUGAUCUACUGCGAGCCUGUGUGUAUUUGUUUCAGUUCACGCAUUUUGCCAGUAACUUUUAUUUCUACACUGCUACCAAUAAAAAAUUCAGAUUGGAGCUCGGCAAGAUCUGGAGAGGCGUGGGAAGAAUAUUCAGUCCCGUCCAUUCUUCAGAUCCGUCGAGCAGCAAUGAAUACCAUCUACGAUCAGGAACUGGUGACACGUGAUUACUAUGUCACCAUGACUACAGAAAUCACGCGCUAACAACGACCGGAAACAAUGAUGUCAUUGUCGCCCAUAUAUGUAAAAUAUCUUCAGGUAUUAUCGUGUGAGAUACGUUGAUAGGUCAACCACGUGUUCCUGUAAUGCAGACAAUCAAGUGUGAAGUUUUUGUAAAGACGGAAGGCACUUUAUGUGACGUAAAGAGUUAUCUAACGUGUUUGUCUCCAGAGAAAUGAUACACACCAAAAAGUUUCCUCAUGUGGGAAAAAACUUUAAAAUACUCUUGGACGGAAACAAAUAUCAAAUGCCGAACCUAGAAUUUCAAGUCAUAAUCUGCACAUCCACUGGACAGUUGACGUCACGUGGAAAUGUCUCUAUCUUUUGGGGAGUGUUUGAAUAUCUAGACGAUUAUACCUAAAACGAAACACGCGUCGCUCCAAGAAAAUGAUCGCACGCUCGAUGGAUUGCCUGAUAUUGCCACCUCUGCCACCAUUUUUUACAAGUGUUAUACCUUUUAAUCUAUAUGUAAAUGAAUGGGGUGGGGAGUGGGUUGAGUGGGUUCCGUUAUGGCACAAUAAAGUGAUUUAUAUCAAUAAAAUCGACUUCAUCUUUAUCAUGGACUGUUGCAUUGUGGGGAUCUCGGUAUCGUGUCUAUGCCGAUAGAUUUGAACGUUAUUUUACGUUUCUGUAGACAGACAUUAACGGAACAAUUAAGUAAUAAUAUUUCGUAAAAACAACGCGUAUCUGUCAUAGUUAUAAUAUACAAAGAUAUAUAAACGAUUUUGCUUAACACUAUUUCAACAAAUUUAUUAGCAAUAGUAUAGUUGCAGUAAGACAAGUUUUACAUCACAGCAAAUAGUCUUUCCAGUUUAAUGACAGUAAAGACUCGUUAGUUUGCCUGUUGGUUCUGUUGUUGUAUACUUCGUUCUCAUUUGAGAACGUGACAUUUCUUUCUUGGAUUGAUCAAUGUUUACAUGGUCGGUGUCGUCGAAGAAGCAGAAGACGUUUACUCUUGCGGAACACCUGGAAUUAUUAUCCUUGCAUUUGUCGUUGAGCAAAUCUUUCUUUUGUUCAUAUUUUGCCCUAAUUUUCUUGAAUUAGUGAUUGAAUUAUGAUUAUUUUGACAGGCUCUUAUUUUCGUUUUGUUUAGCGUAGUUCCACUUGUAUAAGUACUAGAUAUUAUUUUCAAGAUUAAAUUUUUGUUUAUAUUAAAACGAUGUUAUUUAAUUAAUUGUUUCUAUUACCCUAACCCUAAUAUACAAGUUUUUUUUGCAAAACUUCAUCUUGAUAUGUGGAUAGAACAAGAUAAUGGCAUGUCUUAAUCCUACUACACGAAGUAAUUGAACAAUUCUAUGAUUCAAUACGUUGUACAGCUGUAUAAAUUUAAUGGACAACAUCUUAUCAAUACAAUCCAAUCACUACAUAAUAUUUUAUUAACAUAAUAAUGAAACAAAUUAAAAGUAUAUUCUUUACAUUUUGUACCUUUGUUCGUGUGGUAUCUCCCUAUACACGUCUGUCCGCAUAUUACCAUAAACAAACAAACAAAUAACCAAUAUAAAAAAUAACAAACAAAAAGAGUGUUCUAAUUCUCUAAACGUAAAU